AUGUUCGGCCUAUCGGGAGUCAAGUUCGACCCCGCCAAGGACAUCCCCGACCAGUCCGGCAGGGUCGCCUUCGUCACGGGCGGCAAUGGCGGACUCGGUCUGGAAACCGUCAUCCAGCUGGCCAGGGCCGGAAUGGAGCGAAUCUUUAUCGGGGCGCGCAACGAGGAGAAGGCCCUGAAAGCCAUCAAGGACGUAACGAGCCAGCUGAAGAGCAAAACCACGCUGACGUUUGUGAAAAUGGACCUGACCUCGUUCGACAGCAUCAGUCGCGCCGCCGACCAGGUCAUGUCGCAGACGGGAAGGCUGCACCUCCUGAUCAACAACGCGGGCGUGGUCGGCCCGCCGCCCGGCCUGACGAGGGAUGGCUACGAGACGCAGUGGGCGACCAACCACAUGGGCCACGCGCUCUUCACGCGGCUGCUGCUCCCGUUGCUGCUCCAGACGGCCGAGGGCGGCAGGGUCGACGUGCGCGUCGUCAACGUGUCGUCCAUCUCGGAGCACAUGUGCUUCUGGCACGGCUGCGGCGACAUGGACAUGUUCAAGCAGGCCGAGGUGCGCGCCCCGCUCUGGGGCACCGGCAACUUCUGGGGCUACGGCGCCUCCAAGCUGGCCAACAUACUCCACGCCCGCAUGGUGGCGCACAAGCACCCGGCCAUCAAGGCCAUCGCCGUGCACCCCGGCACCGUCAAGACGCCCAUCACCCGCAGCUUCAGCCAGGUGUCGCCCUUCAUCGGCGGCUACGUGAUGCCCUUCAUCACCGCCAUGUUUUUCGUCGACGUGUCCGAGGGCGCCAAGAACCAGCUUUGGGCGGCCACGAGCGACCAAGCUGCUAGCGGCCAGUAUUACUCCCCCGUCGGACGACCGAAUUGGGGCUCGGGCAAGUCAAAAAACAUGAAGGAGGCGGAGAGGGUUUGGGAUUGGACCGAGAAAGAGUUGGAUGCAUACCUAAGCAAGACAGGUCGUUGA